AUGCCUCAAGGUACCGCCACACCAAGUGGUCGAUAUUUGUUCAUCAACAAGAAAAUCGAGGAUAUUGGCAAGAAGGACGCUGAGGAGGUGUCCGUCAUCAGAUCUCAUGUUCACGGCGAACAUAGACGAUGGCGAAGGCAGGCCAGAAUCAAGGCACUGAAGCGGGAUACCAAAUACCCGAGAUGCUGGCCUCAGACCUGUGGAACAUUAAGCGGUCCUGCCACAAAGCCGGCGUCUCCCACACAAACUGACCGGCGGUCGACUGCGCAUCCAACAGAACGUCCUAAUCAACGUGAAAGCGACUACAAUUGGCGAGGAGGACCUGCUCCGGCACCCUUCCAUAAAUCUAGAACCCCGACAGACAACAUCAGCAAGAACCUUGAGAAGUCAGCACCACCUCGAAGACAGUCUCCAGCUACAUCACCUUCUCUAGCAAGGGCAUCCCUGUCAAGGCCGCUCAGAUCGAGCCAGAACCAUCUUCCCGGGCCGUCUUCUCUCCUAGGUUGUGCUAGCUCUGAUCCCUUCUCAGCUGCAGCACUACCAAUCACGGCAUUAAAGCAUGACCUCAUCAACUUUUGGCAAUAUCGCUUCUUUAGAGCAGUGUGCCCAUCUGGAGACAACCCGAGUUGGAUGGAGAGAACAAAAGUCAUGUGGUUGGAAGAGAUUCGCGCCGCCUUGGCCAUCGAGGUACAACUCCACGGCCUGUUCGCGGGCGCUCUGGUCUUCAUGAUCCAAGGCAUGAGUUUGUCUCAAGAGAGAAGGCAAGUGGCCUCACUCGCAAUUCAGCACAAGGUAUCCUGCCUUCGGUCACUGAGGGACGCAAUGACCCAGCCAAAGCUGAGGUUCCAGGUAUUGAAAGGAAUGUAUAUCGCCUCAACCAUGCAUUUCUUCGCCGGCGAGAUCAUCGAGGCUGACCUUCACGCCAAAGCCAUAGCCGCUCUGGUCAAACAGGUCGGAGGACUCGGUCGCCUUGAUCGGAUCUUGACCUUCCAGCUUGUAAUCCUCGACAUGAAUCUCGCUUAUGUGUUUCUGCAACGUCCUAGGUUGGCGACAUCGGACUGGGAGCCUGGAUCAUGGGCAGAACAGCAAUUUGCUGGCUUUUCACAAGCACUCGCAAGCUCCAGCAUCAAUUCGCAUGUCGACACAUGUGUGUCGCUUAAUGAUCCUUGUCAUCCCGAUAUCCCUACCUCGCUGCAGCCGUAUCUGCAAAGUCAUCGCGAAACCUUAUAUGCCAAACACCUGGUUCAGCAGAUCGCUCAAGUAAACAGCAUAUCCGAAAAGUUGACGCAAACAGCCACCAAACUAAGCGAGGACAUCCAGGGGUGGAUUCGUGUGCGUCGAUUCGCACUUUCCAGUCAGUGCCUGUCGCUGUAUUUCGAUAUCGGCCAGCAAAUUCCUAGCCAGCACAACGCUACCACUCAGAGCAUAAUGGCAAUUGACUUACAGCAGUGUUUAUGUCUGGGAUUGGAGUACUGCAAGCGCAUCAUCUUCCUCAACAGCUGGGAGCAAGUCAAUGUUGAAAUCCAGUUUGCUCACUUGCGACAUCCUCUAGCUCGAAUCCUGGACCGCAUGGCUGACGUAGGCACACUCGAACAUGUCGAGAUCUUGUUCUUUUUGUUCUUCGUGGGCGCGGUUGGUGAGGAGCUGGGGCUUAUAGGUCCCAUGGAGACAGCCAGUGCAGCUGCAAACUCACCGACAAGAUGGUUCUCGAAGCACAUGGCCAUCAUGGCUGUUCGACUUGGCCUUUUGGAGUUUGAGGAGACAAAGGCACUGCUGCACUUGUUUUUCUAUGAUGCAUGUAUUCUAGACGCGCCGCUCAAGAAUCUGAUCGCAAGAAAGGAUUCCUUCUUACAGGAUCCACCGCGACUGCCAUGA